UAUUCCCGAACAACUUCUUGGAACAAGCUGUCGCAUACCCGAUCUCACUACCUCUCGUGCCCUCAACCCACUUGCCAUCAAACGAUGAUGCGUUCCCGCAGACAACUCGAAUUUUUGGUGUUGGCAGUGUUCCUGCUCUGCUUCUGGUAUCUCUUUGACGCCCACUUCAAUGUCGCCGAAAGAGGAUCCGCCGAGACCAGCGUUGAUGAGAAGCCAUGGCGAUAUGAGGCAACGGAAUUAGAAGAGAAACAAGAGAUAUUAGAGCAGGAAAAUGUGAAUGGAGGCGCGAAAGAGGAAAUUUCGUCGACUUCCACCACCCCUCAAUCUUCAAGCACAUCGACGCAAAGUACUGAAGUCGCGAUACCUACCCCAUCCCUACCUGAUCGCGUCGUGGUAAUGGCAAAGCUUCCCAGCGACGAAACAGAUUGGGUGCACACCGAUCUACCAGACUGGCAAGCAGCCAUUUAUGACAUCGACACCGAAACUCCACACAACAUAUCGACCCUGGAUCCGAUGACUAACCGCACUCUACGCACCCUCCGCAACAAAGGAAUGGAAGCGAAUGCAUACCUCGCAUACAUCGUGCAGAACUACCACAAUUUACCUUCAACAAUCGCGUUCAUACAUCCGCACAAGGACGGCUACCCGGUCGCAUGGCACACCGACAACGAACAGCAUUCCAAUGUCGUCUCUCUGCAAAUACUCAACGUCAAAUUCAUCCAGAGCAACGGCUACGCGAAUUUGCGCUGCGUCAACGAUCCAGGCUGCCCGCAUGAGGUAAUGCCGUUCCGAGAUCCGCCUGAGGAGCAUCGAACAAUCGAAGCAGCGAUGCCAGAUGCGUGGCGGGAUUUAUUCAACAACACGGACGUACCGCAUGUACUAGCGACGCCUUGCUGCGCGCAGUUUGCUGUGUCGAGCGAGCAGGUACGAAAGCGGUCGUUGGACGAGUACAAAACGUAUUACACGUGGUUGAUGGAAACGCCGCUGAAGGAUGAGACGAGUGGAAGAGUGUUCGAGUAUCUUUGGCACAUCUUGUUUGGCCAAGAUCCCGUUUACUGUCCCACAUAUGAAAAGUGCUAUUGCGAUGUAUACAACCGAUGCUGAAGACUUCCUGUUCUAUCAAAGAUUCAGGGAUGAAUAUAAGUUCACAUUGAAUGUCCAGCUCGUAAGUGAGUCCUCCUAUGCUAUGUGAAGCCGCAUCGUC